AUGGCACUUGUGAGACAGAACGCCCUUCUGAACCUAAUAAGAGAAAAACACAGGUUCCAAAGACUUCAGCGGACGGUCGUCAACCAGAAUAACCGAAUCGCCAAUCUCGAAUGGGAGCUGAACUCUUACUACGAAGACGAUUACUAUGAAGACGAUUACCACGAAGGAUAUUACUACGAAGACGACGGUAGACAUGACCACCUGGUGCGAGAAAAGAAGCAUCUCGAAUCUGUUUUAUCGAAACGCAAGCAGACUAUCAACGAGGAAGCGGCGAAGAACGCAAGACUUACGGCAAGUCUAGCGAUUACCCAAGGAGACCUCGAACGCUGUCGGCAAGGGAAAACAGUCCUCGAACAGAAAUCCGCAUUGCUCACGGCCGCGGUGGCUCAGUCAAACACUCAACACAAGCAAGAAGUGGAAGGACUGAGAAUCCAGAUCGCCGAACUGGAAAAGGAGCAGAGCAGAUUGUCUACAAAGGUCACUGACCUCUCACUCAAUUGGCUGGCUUUGCAGGAGAGGAGCACAGAACUGGAACGCGAGAGGGAGAAUUUGCGGACAAAGAAUGCCACCAUCGAGAAAGAAAAGGAAAUUCUUCUCGCCGAAAAUGCCACACUCAAGAUGGAGCGAGAAAACAUUCGAGUUGAAAAUACCAAGGAGAUCAACUCGAGCAAAGCCACCCGAAUUGACCUUCUCGAGCUGGAGAACCGGUCAAUUGAGAUUCCAGCGAAGGAAUACGAAGAUAAAUAUAUGGAUGCACUGGAAUGGAAUAUCUACGCUGAAUUCUGUCAUGGUUCAUCCCGCUUAUGA